ACAUUCACCAAGAAAAAGAGAAAGACAGAGCACGAUAAAUAGCUUUAGAAGACAAACACAGAACAACAGAACACAACCAAACAGUUUAAGGUAAUAAACUAAGCUCCAACCCACUCUCGUCACCAUCAUCAUCAUCAUUCUUGUCUCAAAUCAAACCAAAGCUUCCUGUUCAAUCUUCACCAUCACCACCAUUCUUGUUUGAAUUCAGAAACUCACACAGAAUGGGAGACAAGGAGGUCAAAGAAUGGAAGAGGAAACAGAAAGGUGGAUUCAGAGCUUCCAUGUUUGUCUUUGCAUUGUCAGCAUUGGACAACAUGGGUUUUGUGGCCAACAUGGUGAGCUUAGUUCUCUACUUUAUAAUGGUGAUGCACUUUGAUCUGGCCAGCAGUGCCAACACUCUGACAAACUUUAUGGGUUCAACUUUCUUGCUCUCUCUUGUUGGUGGUUUCAUCUCGGAUACCUACUUGAACAGACUCACCACAUGUUUGCUCUUUGGAUCACUCGAAGUUCUGGCUUUGGUAAUGCUGACAGUUCAAGCUGGUUUAGAUAGUCUACACCCAGAAGCAUGUGGCAAGUCAAGCUGUAUCAAAGGAGGUAUAGCAGUCAUGUUGUACACAUCACUGGGUUUGUUGGCAUUGGGUUUGGGUGGAGUGAGAGGAGCCAUGGUUGCAUUUGGUGCUGACCAAUUUGAUGAGAAGGAUCCAGUUGAAGCAAAAGCUCUUGCAACUUUUUUCAAUUGGCUUUUGCUUAGUUCAACUCUGGGCUCAGUUGUUGGGGUAACUGGGGUUGUGUGGGUUAACAUGCAAAAGGGUUGGCAAUGGGGAUUUUCCAUAAUAACUGUUGCUUCCUCCAUUGGUUUUCUGAUCCUUGCUCUUGGUAAACCAUUUUACCGCAUCAAAGCUCCUGGUGACAGCCCCAUUUUGAGGAUUGUUCAGGUUAUUGUUGUGGCUUUUAAAAACAGAAAUCUACCACUGCCAGAGUCUAAUGAGCAACUUUAUGAGGCCUAUAAAGAUGCUACAGUAGAGAAGAUUGCACACACUAACCAGAUGAGGUUUCUAGAUAAAGCUACAAUUCUUCAAGAAAACUUUGAACCAAGGCCAUGGAAGGUCUGUACUGUGACACAAGUUGAAGAAGUGAAGAUCCUAACCAGAAUGUUACCCAUACUAGCCAGCACCAUCAUAAUGAACACUUGUUUAGCACAGCUUCAAACAUUCUCAGUCAGUCAAGGGAGUGUGAUGAGCAAGAAACUUGGUUCUUUUGAAGUGCCUUCACCAUCCAUACCUGUUAUCCCCCUUUUUUUCUUAUGCGUACUGAUUCCAAUUUACGAAUUCAUCUUCGUGCCAUUCGCGCGGAAGAUCACUAACCACCCCUCUGGUGUUACACAGCUUCAAAGAGUUGGUGUGGGGCUGGUACUUUCUUCAAUUUCUAUGGCAGUAGCUGGGAUAAUAGAAGUAAAAAGGAGGGACCAAGCAAUAAAAGACCCAUCAAAGCCAAUAAGCCUAUUUUGGCUAUCCUUCCAAUAUGCUAUAUUUGGGGUUGCAGAUAUGUUCACUCUUAUAGGACUCCUAGAAUUCUUCUACAGAGAAGCACCUCCAACCAUGAAAUCACUUUCAACUUCUUUCACAUAUUUGUCCAUGUCUCUUGGUUACUUCUUGAGCACAGUCGUUGUGAGUGUCAUUAAUACUGUUACCAAGAGGAUUACUCCAAGCAAACAAGGAUGGUUGUAUGGAAGUGAUUUAAACAAAAACAACCUCAACUUGUUCUAUUGGUUCUUAGCAAUCCUGAGCUGCCUUAAUUUUUUCAACUUCCUUUACUGGGCCUCUUGCUACAAAUACAAAUCUGAAGACAACAGCUGUUCAAAGCUAAAUGUGAAGGCUGUAGCUGAAACUACUGCAAUAAUGGUUGUUGAUGAGAAAAAACAUGAUAAGGAAGACAUGAAGGAUCAUGGAAGCACCCAAGAUCUGAGAGCUAAGGCUAAAGAAAGCAACCAAACCAGUGAAGCCAAUACUGAGGGACCCUCUUCCUCUGAUGAAACAGAUGAUGGCAAACAAAAAGAAAGAAACUCUAGGGAAUGGAAGGAUAGAUAAGGUUAGGAGGCUCAAGACAUGAUUUGAUAUUAAUGAAUAGAUAUAUUAAGGAGGGAUGUGGAAAUAGGUAGUGAUCGAAAUCUCUCUUAUCCUACAUGUAUGGUUUUGUGUAAUUGAUUGGUAAUGUUGGCCCUGGCACUAUAUCUGUGUGUCUGUAUGUGUGCAAAGUUAAAGGUUUUCUUUUCUUCUUUUAACUUUC